AUGGUUACACUUCUCUAUACCCUUUUAGGUUUCAUACAUAUGAUUCAUGUUCGAGUUGAUAGUUCUCAUCCAUCUGUGGAUGUUUACGUUAAUGUCAGUACAACACCAAAUUCAUUAUCAUCACAAAAUUUCUUUACUUCGACACCAAUGUAUGAAAAUAGUUUUUUAAUUCCGUCACCAAUAGCAUCGAGUGGCUAUCAAACUCAAACGAGUAGUAGUAAUCAAUCAUUAAACUGUGCUUUUAUUGAAGAAAAUGUUCAAUUAAAUAAAAUUAUUUCGAACAAAAAUACUGAACAUUUAUACGAUCGUUUAUUUAAUGAUCAACGUUUAACAUGUAACGUAACAAAAUCAAAUAAUAAAGACAAAUCACUAAAUAAUAGUCGUAUUUCUAAAAUUGUACCCAGUAUAGUAAAACCGACUAAUACAGCAUGGUCAAAUAUUGAUCAUCAAUUAACACCGUUGUCUUAUUCAAAAAAUUAUACACUCAAACAGAUAUUAGAUAAUGUUGAAAAUAUUCAAUCCUAUUCGACAAACAGUGAUUAUGGUUCAAUUUAUGAAGAAAUAGUGCCAUCAUCAUCAAUUAACAACUGUUUUAAAUGGAAAACUCUUUGUAAGACAUUAAAAGACAAAGGAAAUAAAAAAAAAGAACGUAAAGUUAAUGAAUCGUCGUCAAAUCAAAAAUAUAAUCAUUUAUCGACUACUGAAAAAUCAUUUUUUACAUUUGGCGGUGAAACAUUAGGACUAAUUGCAUUGCCAAACACGAAUUACGAUCAUCAUACAUAUGAAAACGAAAUAAUAAGAAAAGAAAAUUUCGCAAAUUUUUAA